CCGAGGCGAGAGGAGUGUGCGACGCAGUCCAGCCUACCCACAUCUCGUGUACCUGUGUCUCCGUGGGAAUACCGCAGAAAGAAUCGUCCGCAAUGGAAGCAGUUAAGGACAUCACAGAGACGGAGGCUGUGGACCUGGGUGCACUCCUGGACGCCGGGGACGACACCAUGGUGAUACUCGAGGCAGGUGACACUCGGCUGGUGGUGCACAGGGCCGUCCUCGCGGACAGGAGCCCCGUGUUCGCGGCCAUGUUCGCCCACGACAUCCUCGAGACGAGCACCGGCGUGGUGAGGAUUGCCGACAUCGGGGGCCCGGUGCUGAGGCAGCUGGUGUCCUACCUGUACACCCUGCGGGCCCCCCAGCUGCCCGGCACGGCUCCCCAGCUACUGGCCGCAGCGGAUAAGUACGGGGCGUCGGGGCUGAAGGCGGAGUGCGAGCGGCAGGUGGCCGCACACCUGACUGUGGAGACCGCGGCGGCCGCAGCCACCCUCGCAGUCCGCCACUCUUGCAGUGACCUCAGGCGAGCCGCCAUCAAAUUUAUUAAGACCUGUCCCUUCGAGGUGAUGGCCACUCAGGGGUGGGCAGAUGCCGUGCGGAAGCAGCCGGAAGACUUGAUCGAAGUGAGCCGGUUGCUGUACAAUCCACCACCACAAACCAGUGCACCAGUCAUUACAGAGCCGAGGACCACCACCACCAGCACCACAACCACAACCAGAACCGCCACCACCACCGCUGCCACCACCACCUCUGCCAGCGCACCUCACCAGACACCUGCUGCUGCGCGGCCCACGACUCCUCCACCUGAUGAGGCCACUGUCUCUCAAAUGCGGAGCCUCUCUGCUAAGGAGAGGGGCAGGAGGCUGGUCCAGGCGGCUGAGGAGGGGGCAGUGGGACAGCUGAGGGCGCUGAUCGCCGCAGGGGCUGACGUGGGGGCGAGGGGCUGGGAUGGGGGCACCGCCAUGCACGGUGCAGCGCGCGGGGGAAACGUCGAGGCGGCGAGGCUGCUGGUGGGGACGGGGGCGGCGUUGGACGCCUGGAAUGGCGGUGGCUGGACGCCGCUGCAUGUUGCGGCAGCCUAUGGCCACGCAGAAGUGGCGGCUGCGCUGCUGGACGCGGGGGCCGACAGGGGGGCCACAGAUAGUGGUGGGUGGACAGCGCUGGACAUCGCCAGGCAGUACAACCAGAGGCGGCUGGUGGAGAUGCUGUCAUGA